AGCUUGAUUAGUAGUAUAGCCUGGGUUAAGAGGGGUAUUCCUGAGCAGCACCCAACAAAGUAUGAGCUCGAUGAUAAGGAGAUGGAGAGAAUAUCUGCUUUAGCAAAAGUUGAAUUGGAAGACGCACAAACUGAACUUGCUAGAGCGGAGAAGGAAGCUAAAGAAAUGGAUGAAAGAAGAGCCAAGGAUGAGGGUAUGGAUGUCGAGAAUGACAACGAUGAGUUAAAGGAAGAAGACGACGACGACGACGACGAGAGUAUGAGUGAGGAUGAAUCCAGCGAGAAGAAGGAGAAGAAGGAUCCUAACGAUUUGUCUGAGUAUAACUUAGAGAACUAUGAUGAGGAAUCGAAUGAAGCUGCACUCGGAGCAUUCUCUAACAUCAAAGGUCUUUCUUACUAUAAAAAUCAAGACGAAGACCCAUACGUUACCCUCUCAGAAGAACAAAAGAAGGAGGAAGAUGAUGAAUUAAGGGAAGAAAUGGAAGUUCUCCCAUCAGAUAACAUGAUCGUGUCCGCAAAGACAGAAGACGAGUUGUCAAUCUUAGAAGUUCACGUUUACGACGACUCACAAGAGAAUCUAUACGUCCAUCAUGACCUCAUGUUGCCGUCUUUCCCACUCUGUUUAGAAUGGCUUGAUUAUACACCAGGAAAUGGUAACCCAGGCAACUUCAUCGCCGUCGGUACCUUCGAGCCAGAAAUUGAAAUCUGGUCUUUGGACAAAAUCGAUGGUAUGUAUCCAGACACUAUUCUUGGUAAACUCGAAAAGGGCAAAUCUGCAAAAUUGACUGCACCUGCUGCUGGUACUGGUAAAAAGAAGUCAAAGCUUAAUAAAGCAAAUGAUGAAUAUCACACUGACGCUAUUUUGUCAUUGAGUUGGAACAAAUUACAUAGAAAUAUUCUCGCAUCUGGUUCAGCCGAUCAGACUGUCAAGUUAUGGGAUUUGAAUACAUCAAAAGCAUUGAGAAGUUUCAACCCACACAAUGAGAAAGUUCAGUCUUUGCAAUGGAAUGAAGAGCAAGGUGAAGUUUUAUUGACAGGUGGCUUCGAUAAGACCGUUAGAGUAUUCGAUACGAGAUCUCCUGAUGAUGGUGUCGGUUGCCUCGUCAGUGCUGAUGUUGAAGUAUGUAAAUGGGAUCCAUUUAGUAGUAACAACUUCUACGUCUCAACUGAGAACGGUUUGGUUCAACAAUUCGAUAUUAGAAACCUUUCAUCCGUCAAGCAAGGUGAUAAAGUUGUCAACGAAUCGCAAUCAAUUUUCACUUUGGCUGCACACGAUGGUGCAACUUCUGCACUUGAUAUUAAUCCACAUUUCAAGGGCUGUAUGGCCACAGGUGGUACUGAUAAACAAAUCAAGAUUUGGAACAUAGAUCAAACGGAAAGUAGCCUCAAUAAUGUCAGUUUAACAACAUCUAGAGAUUUGGAUAUUGGUAGAAUAUUCAAUGUAUCCUUCAGUCCUGAUGAUCCAUUGGUCUUGGCUGCAGGUGGAUCUAAAGCUAAAUUGCAAGUAUGGGAUAUAGGUACAAACACUAAUGUCAGGAAAGCAUUCUCUGGUCGUAUCAGCAACUUCCAAGAGCGUGAACGUCAAAACGAAGGUUUAGUUGGCGUUCAAUCGGAUGAUGAAGAUGACGAGUAUGAGGAU